AGAGACAGCAGCUUAUCGUCAAGAACACAAACCUGACCAAUGAGAGACAGCAGCUAAGAAGUGAUCUUCUGAUUUGUGUUGGAUGGAUUUUCUAUCAGUCCAGUUUUUACUACAUGUCCAAUGAGACAAAGAACUGGACUGAGAGCAGACGAGACUGUCAGAAGAGAGGAGCAGAUCUGAUCAUCAUAAACAACAGAGAGGAAUAUUAUUUUGUUCAGAACAAGUCUGGUCCUGCUGCUGUUUAUAUUGGUCUGACUGACAGUGAAGUGGAGGGCAACUGGAAAUGGGUUGAUGGCAGCAAUCUGACCUCUGGUUUCAGCUCCUGGGCACCUGGACAGCCAAAUGUAAACAAUCAAGUAAACGAGGACUGUGCUAUGACGUUUUCUUAUGGAUCCCUCAUCCGCCCUGAAUACAUUUUCUUCCUGCUGGAGCAGGGGGAAAGAUCUCUUGAGGGUCGGGUCAUAUGA